AGCAUUUCAGUGAAGAAGCUGAAAAUAAAAAAUAAAAAUAAACUUUCCAAUUCUACCCCUCUCACCUCCAUUUCCAUCAACAUGUCUGCCAUUGUAGGGUUUAUGGUGGUUCUGGUUUCAUUCUUGGGUUCGGUUAAGUCAGCUAGAUUUGAUGAGCUUUAUCAGCCGUCAUGGGCUCUCGACCACAUCAUCUACGAAGGAGACCUUCUUAAGCUCAAGCUUGACAACUCUUCCGGAGCUGGGUUUCAGUCCAAAAGCAAAUACUUGUUCGGCAAAGUGAGUAUACAGAUUAAGCUUGUGGAGGGUGAUUCUGCUGGAACUGUUACAGCUUUCUAUAUGUCAUCAGAGGGUCCAUAUCACAAUGAGUUCGAUUUUGAGUUCCUGGGUAACACAACGGGCGAACCGUAUCUGAUUCAAACCAACAUUUAUGUUAAUGGAGUUGGCAACCGGGAACAAAGACUCGGUCUUUGGUUCGAUCCAACCAAGGAUUUCCACUCUUACGCCAUUCUCUGGAACCAGCACCAAGUCGUAUUUCUAGUGGACGAGACACCGAUCAGAUUGCAUACAAAUAUGGAAAACAAAGGAAUAUCAUUCCCAAAAGACCAACCAAUGGGAGUAUACAGCUCAAUAUGGAAUGCAGACGACUGGGCUACACAGGGAGGACGUGUGAAAACAGACUGGAGCCAUGCACCAUUCAUAGCAUCAUACAAGGGUUUUGAGAUCGAUGCGUGUGAGUGUCCAGUGUCAGUUGCAGCAGAUGAUAAUGCCAAGAAAUGCAGCAGCAGUAAUGGCGAGAAGAAGUACUGGUGGGAUGAACCAACGGUGGCCGAGCUGAAUGUGCACCAGAGUCAUCAGCUCUUGUGGGUUAAGGCUAACCAUAUGGUGUAUGACUAUUGCUCUGACACUGCUCGGUUUCCUGCUACUCCAGCUGAGUGUCUGCACCACCGUCACUAAACGUCAUGGCGUAUGGUUUAGUUUUGUAUAAAACGAAUGAUGGGGUCAUGGGGAUUGAAGAAAAAGAUGUAAUAUAAACAUGUGCUCCAUGUUUCAUAUUUUGGCCGCUACUUUAGAUUGUAAGAUAUUUAUUUAGAGUCAAAUUUAUGAAUUUGUUCUUUCCUUCCACUA